AUGAGUUUGGAGGCUUUAAUUUUGGCAUGCGAUGAGCUCCUUGAUUUACAUGCGUCAUUUAAAGGAAAAUCUGCUAGCGAGCUAAAAAAAUCGGCUUUUGAAGCUUAUCGGGUUGAACUUCAAGCACUUUGGCUUGAUGUUAAGAAAGCAUACAGUGAAUAUAUUAGUGCGGCGGCCGCUGAUGACGUUCUCAUUGCGUCACUCCCUGAGGUUAAGGCAAAAUAUGGAAACUCUUCGGACACAUAUAUUGAAUUUCUCAGUGAUAUUUUGGAGGCGACGCGGCCCCAAGAGGUUAGUUUAAAGCCGAAUAACGAAAAGAGUGAUAAUGUCGAAUUAAAGCAUUAUAUGCAUCUUCCGCCGUGUGAAACGGAAAUAUUUAGUGGCAAUUUUCUCAAAUGGCCAGCAUUUAGAGACAUGUUUACGGCACUUUACAUUCGACACGCAAGGUUAAGUCCCGUUCAAAAACUUUUUCACUUGCGUGCUCGGACUAAAGAUCAUGCCUUAAGCAUCGUCUCUAAAUUUGAGAUAACAGAUGAUAAUUUCGAGGUGGCUUGGGCUGCUCUCAAAGAACAUUACGAAAAUAAACGCGUUUUCGUGAAUAAUCAUCUAAGUAUUUUGCUUGGUCAGGUAUGCAUAACGGUUGAAUCGGCAGAUGCAUUAGUGAAGCUAUUAUAG